AUGAAUCAAACAUUUGAAAAUGAAAAUGAACUUCGAGAUAUUAUUUAUCAAACAACUAUUAAUCCUAAUCUCUUCGAUUUAUCAUCUGGUCGUGUUUUUCAUGCUGAAGUUCUGAAACAUCAAAUAUCAUUAAAUGAAAAUGAGAAUAAUAAUAAUGAAUUCAAUUUGAUCGAUCAAGUUCUUCGAUCUUCUUCAAUGAUCUAUGUUUUAGCUUAUAAUACUACUGCAACAUCAAUAGGAGAUGAUGAAUCAUUGCAAUAUAUUGAUUAUAGUAUACAUGAACGUCUAAUUGAUAUGACAACGUCUCGUGCAUUUUGGUAUUUACAAUUAGAAGGAUACAAUUUGGAAUCUCGAUUAUUAUUACCAACUGAUCGACACCGUUUGUCUAAUGAUCAUCGAUCGAGCUAUGCUUCUGUCACUCAAAUCUCUUUUGACAAUGAGAUUUCACAAUCAUUUCUUGAUUAUGCUUCUAUACAUCAUGUGACACCAUUUCAAUUAGGCCUGAGUAUAUUAUAUACUUCUCUUUUCAAGUUAGCGCAUGGUGAAAAUGAUUUAUGUAUUUCUUGUCUUAAUGCUAAUCGAUACAAAACUGAACUGCAGAAUAUAAUGGGAAUGUUUGUUUCGACACUACCAUAUCGUAUUCAACUUGAUCCUCAUUGGCCAUUUCAUGAUCUUGGUGAAUAUGUACAAGGAAAAUGUUUAUCAAUUCUUGAACAUUCUCAUCAUCCACUUCAACACAUUCUUGCUAAUUUACAUAUUAAUCAAUCAAAUAUUUUAUUUCUUGAAACACUGUAUGACUUUAUAACAAUAUCGUCACAGAGUGAUGAAUUAUCUUUACAUGGAGCAAGUUUCAAGCAAGUGUCAUUUGAACAAUCUUUUGAAGUGGCUAAGUUUGAUUUUAUGUUAAUAUUUUCUUAUAACCCAGUAUCGGAAAAUAAUAGAUUACCAUUUUGUUUAACUUGUUCACGUGAUCUGUUUGAUGGGAUUACAGUUACAAAUAUGGGUCGGUAG